AUGGUGGUCCAAGGGAAGGUAGAGACCAAUAAAAGGAAGCUCCGAGAAGGAUAUGAAAAAGUUGGUAAUGGUGAGUGGAUUUCCCAUUUCUAG